AUGGCAAGGGACUGCAGGCAGCCUCUAGAGACUGAGGCAGCUUCUACCAAGAAACUUCUGCAGCUGCAAAAAACUGAACUUGCCAACAACCUGAGAGAGCUUGGAAGUGUAUAUACCCACAGUCAAGCCUCUGAUGAGAAUUCAGACCCAGCCAACACCUGGAUUGCAGCCAGGGGUCAGAUUCCCAGACAAUACUACCAGUUCCUGGUCCUGGAGCCCAGCAGGCCGAUCCAAUAUUGGAACUUUUCUAGAAAAGCCAUGGCCUUUAGCACCAAGAAGAUGUGGGAGGAAGCCACCUGCUCCAUCUGCCUAACCCUGAUGGCUAACCCAAUGAGCAUCAGCUGUGGACACAGCUACUGCUAUUUGUGCAUCACAAAUUUCCUCGAGAACAUGAGACAAAAGAAUCCAUGGGUGCAUACGUUCUCCUGUCCCCAGUGUCGGGCCCCGUUUGAUGCUUUGAGCCUCCGGCCCAACAAACAGCUGGGAAGCAUCAUUGAAAACCUCAAAGAGAUGGACAGUGAAAUGUUGUGUAAGGAGCACGGAGAGCAGCUGCACCUGUUCUGCAAAGACGAGGGCCAGCUCAUCUGCUGGCGCUGUGAGCGCACACUGCAGCACAAAGGGCACAGCACAGCACUCGUAGAAGAUGUGUGCCAGGACUACAAGGAAAAGCUCCAGGAAGCUGUAACAAAAUUGAAGGAACUUGAAGGAAACUGUGUGCCUCUGAAGAUGUUUGCAACAAUGCAAAUAGACCAAUGGAAGGAAAUGAUACAGGUUCAGAGACAAAAAAUCCAGUCUGACUUUAGGAAUCUCCAAAGAUUCCUGCAUGAGGAAGAGAAGUUUUAUCUCUGGAGGCUGGAGAAAGAAGAAGAGCAGAUGCUGAGGAGACUGAGGGAGACCGAGGCCAACCUGGAGCAGAAGAGCCAUGAACUCAAGAGCCACAUUCUAAAACUGGAGGAAAAAUGUCAGGGCUCAGCCCAGAAAUUGCUACAGGAUGUGAAGGACACUUUGAGCAGGAGUUGGGCGAUGAAACUGGAAACACCAAAGGCCUUUUCCUUGGAGAUUCAUACUACGUGCAACGUUUCUGAGCUUUACUUUGAUGUGAGGAAAUUGUUAAGGCACUAUCAAGUCAGUGUGACUCUGGAUCCAGAUACUGCUCAUCAUGAAUUAAUUCUGUCUGAAGAUCGGAGACAGGUGACUCUUGGAUGCCCCCAGCAGAAUCUCGAUGCUUCUUCUAGGAGAUUUACGGCCUUCGCCUGUGUCCUGGGCUGUGAGGGCUUCACCUCAGGAAGACAGUACUUUGAAGUGGAUGUUGGAGAAGGAACUAGUUGGGGUGUAGGAGUUUGUAGGGAAAAUGUGCAGAGGGGUGUUGGCAAGAAGCAGAAGCCUCAGUCUGGGUUCUGGACCAUCAGGCUGAGCAGUAGGGAAGGCUAUGUAGCACUUACCUCUCCCCCAACUUCCCUUCAGCUCAGUGAGCAGCCCCUGGUUGUGGGAGUUUUUCUGGACUAUGAGGCUGGAAUUGUAUCCUUUUACAACACGACUGCUGGCUCCCACAUUUUCACCUUCCCGAAGACCUCUUUCUCUGAUACUCUCCGGCCCUAUUUCCAGGUUUAUCAGUUUUCUCCCUUGUUCCUACCUUCCCCGGAUGAGUAA